CCCCUUCUCUCCUUCCCGCUUCCCCCUUCCGCGGCGGAGGGAGAGCGAACCCGAGAGGCGGCCCCGGCGGGAGGCACCUCGGCGGGGGAGCGGCAGGCAGUUGGGCAGCCCCCACCCCCCGCGCUCCCCUCCUCCCCCUUUAUUACCCUUUGUGUGCGUCUCCGCCUGCGCCGCUCCGGGGCCGGCCGGGCGCCCGGGGGGCCGCUGAGAUCCUUGUUGAGGAUGGUGGUCAUUGGAGAUAUAAAUAUUGAAGAAUAUCUCACUUACAGACAAGAUCUUUGAAUUCUGUUUCCUUCAGACAGCAAAGGAAGAAGCAGCUUUAUCACAAGAAAACAGGCAAAGAAACAUAAAGACUUGAAGAAACAGCACUUCUAAUUCUUUCCAGAACUUCCAAGACCCACCAGAACCUGGUGGAUUACCUUCCCCAGUCUUCCUGGCUUGAGAUGUAACGUGGGGUGCAGGAGUUCCUCAGAUGAGGGGUGUAGUAAGAGAAGGAGCCAGCCUCAAUGGACAUAGCCCAUUAUCAAGAUCUAAACAGGAGACUGUCUAAAGCAAACCUGAAAGUGCAUCAAGAAUUUUAAGAAGUCUGAAGAUCCCCCAGCAAGACCAUGAGGAGUAAUGUAGCUUGGAAUGAACAAGAUGAACAUAACCACCUCCAAUCUAAUGCUUAAUGAGGAAAAAGGCUGCUUUAUUGGAGCCAGGGAGUCAUGAAAGAAACUCAAGAAGACAACUUGGAUAAUGAACGGAAGAUAAAAAGAAAACAAAAAGAAUGUGGCAUAUAAAGGGUAUAAUACCUGGAGGUAUUAGAUCUGACUCAUAUUUAUAAAAAUGAGACGAGCUUUCACAAAAUACAAGUUAUCUUAGACAGUCCUCAAGCUUGGAGCCAUGCUGUUGAACUAGAAAGUCUCCUUUUCCCCAUUCUCCUUUCUGACAGGUAACAAAGGAUUGGUGAAUUAUGAUUUUCCCAAGUUGGAAGCACUAAUUUUUAUCUAUAUAGUUCAUCCUUAUGAAUAUAUAAGGAGUUAAACAUUGCAUAUUUAAUGUGGAUUAUAAUGGGAAACUGACUCAUUAACAAAAAUGGCCACUUUUAAGGACUUGGUUUCAAACUGAGCUGGAGCCUCCCAAUGCACUUUGUCCAGUUUGGGGAGAGGUGUACUGAAAGGCCUUCUUUGGGAGGCCAUGAUGACAUGUAGUAAAAGGAUAUCAUCUUACUGUUGAUAUCUUUGAAGACUCAUAAACAGAAACAGAAAAAUGAAUGGUGGAAAGGAGUGUGACGGAGGGGACACGGAUGGAGGGCCACCAGCAGUGCAAGUUCCCGUUGGUUGGCAGCGACGGGUGGACCAAAGUGGAGUGCUCUACAUCAGUCCCAGUGGGUCUUUAUUAUCCUGCUUGGAGCAGGUGAAGACUUACUUGCUGACUGAUGGAACAUGCAAGUGUGGCCUAGAAUGUCCUCUUGUUCUUCCCAAGGUCUUUAAUUUUGAUCCUGGAGCUGCUGUGAAGCAGAGAACUGCUGAAGAUGUUAAAGCGGAUGAAGAUGUCACCAAACUAUGCAUACAUAAAAGGAAAAUUAUUGCUGUGGCUACACUUCAUAAAAGCAUGGAAGCACCACAUCCCUCACUGGUUCUCACUAGUCCUGGUGGUGGAACAAGUGCAACUCCAGUAGUUCCUACUCGAGCAGCAACUCCCAGAUCCGUGAGGAAUAAAUCACAUGAAGGAAUUACAAAUUCUGUGAUGCCAGAAUGUAAGACUCCUUUCAAGUUGAUGAUAGGGGCAUCUAAUGCCAUGGGUAGGCUUUAUGUGCAAGAAAUGGCUGGAAGCCAGCAACAAGAACUUCAUUCUGUCUAUCCUAGGCAGAGGUUGGGUAGUAAUGAACUUGGACAGAAGUCUCCGUAUCGUGGCAGUCAUGGUGGGAUGCCCAGUCCAGCUUCAUCAGGAUCACAGAUCUAUGGAGAUGGCUCGAUCUCUCCUAGGACUGACCCACUUGGGAGCCCUGAUGUUUUCACAAGGAACAAUCCCACUUUUCAUGGAGCACCCAACUCUAGUCCUAUUCACAUGAACAGGACACCUCUUUCUCCACCAUCAGUAAUGCUACAUGGUUCUCCCAUACAGUCAUCCUGUGCAAUGGCUGGAAGGACUAAUAUACCUCUCUCCCCUACCUUGACCACAAAAAGCCCAGUAAUGAAAAAACCCUUGUGUAAUUUUUCAGCUGGUAUGGAAAUACCACGAGCAAUGUUUCACCAUAAACCACCCCAAGCUCCACCCCCACCUCCUCCGCCACCUUCUUGUGCUCUUCAGAAAAAGCCAUUAACAUCAGAAAAGGAUCCACUUGGCAUACUUGACCCUAUUCCCAGCAAACCAGUGAAUCAGAAUCCUGUUAUCAUUAACCCAGCUACUUUCCAUUCAAACGUCCACUCUCAGGUACCCGUGAUGAAUGUAAGCAUGCCUCCUGCUGUCGUCCCUCUGCCAAGUAAUCUUCCUUUGCCAACUGUCAAACCUGGUCACAUGAACCAUGGAAGUCACGUUCAAAGAGUUCAGCAUUCUGCUUCAACUUCCCUCUCUCCUUCACCAGUGACAUCCCCAGUCCACAUGAUGGGAUCCGGGAUCGGAAGGAUCGAGGCUUCUCCCCAAAGAUCACGUUCUUCUUCCACAUCAUCAGAUCAUGGCAAUUUCCUGCUGCCUCCAGUAGGGCCACAGCCAUCCUGUACUGGUAUCAAAGUCCCUCCCAGGUCCCCAAGGUCAACAAUAGGGUCACCGAGACCAUCUAUGCCAUCCAGCCCUUCCACCAAGCACGAUGGACUUAAUCAAUACAAGGACAUCCCUAACCCAUUAAUUGCUGGAAUGAGUAAUGUAUUAAAUCCUCCCAACAAUGCAGUUUUUUCUACUGCAUCAGCUGGAAGUGGUUCCUUGAAGAGUCAGCCUGGUUUGCUGGGAAUGCCUUUAAAUCAGAUCUUGAACCAGCACAACGCUGCCUCUUUUCCAGCAAGUAGUUUACUCUCAGCAGCAGCCAAAGCACAGCUAGCAAAUCAAAAUAAACUUGCUGGUAACAACAAUAACAGCAGUAGCAAUUCUGGACCUGUUGCCAGCGGUGGCACCAACGAAGGACACAGCACUUUAAAUACCAUGUUCCCUCCUGCAGCCAACGUGCUGCUCCCAACCCCCCCUGAAGGGCAAAGUGGCCGAGCAGCACUGCGAGAUAAAUUGAUGUCUCAGCAAAAAGAUCCUCUGAGAAAAAGAAAGCAGCCCACCACCACGGUGUUGAGUUUGCUGAGACAGUCUCAGUUGGACAAUUCUGGAGUUUCCAAAGCUGGAUCUGAGUUGAUAAGAAAGCAAAGUCAAAGCUCCUUUCCCAUCAGUUCUAUGUCCCAGCUACUUCAGUCCAUGAGUUGUCAAAGCUCUCACAUGAGCAGCAAUAGUACCACCAGUUGUGGGAGCUCCAAUACUUCUUUACCUUUCUCUGGUAACCAGAUGCAUUUUGCAGACACCAGUAUGAACUCUGGCAGUCUCCAGAACUCACUGGCACAGAGUUUACCCCUGCGAGGGGAAGGUGUGCACUGCCAGAACACAAACACUAACUUUGUCCACGGUACCAGCCCGGGCACCACCAACCAUCUUGCAGGUUUAAUAAAUCAGAUGCAGGCUAGUGGGAACUGUGGGAUGCUCAGUCAGUCAGGAAUGGCUUUAGGAAAUUCAUUACAUCCAAACCCACCUCAGUCAAGAAUCCAGGCAUCCUCCACUCCAGUGAUACCAAACAGCAUUGUUAGCAGCUGUAAUCAAACAAGUCCUGAAGCAGGGGGUUCAGGACCGUCGUCAUCGAUAGCCAUAGCUGGCACCAGCCAACCUGCCAUCACAAAGACAACAUCUGUGCUUCAGGAUGGUGUUAUAGUCACUACUGCAGCUGGAAACCCCCUCCAGAGCCAGCUGCCCCUGGGGAGUGAUUUCCCUUUUGCUGGCCAUGAACAUUCGCUCCAUUUCCCGCAGAACAGCUCUUCAAACAACAAUCUUCCACAUCCUUUGAAUCAAAACCUCCUCAAUUCUCUUCCUAUCUCUUUGCCAGUGAAUCAGCAACAUCUCCUAAACCAGAAUCUAUUAAAUAUACUCCAGCCUUCAGCAGGAGAAGGCAAGUCUGAGGUCAACCUCAACCCUUUAGGUUUUCUCAACCCGAAUGUAAAUGCUGCUUUAGCUUUUCUCUCCAGUGACGUGGAUGGGCAGGUGCUACAGCCUGUUCAUUUCCAGCUUCUAGCAACCCUCCUUCAGAACCAAGCCCAAGCAGCUGCCAUGCUUCCCUUACCAUCUUUCAAUCUGACCAUCUCAGAUUUGCUGCAACAGCAAAACAACCCUUUGCCCACAGUCACACAGAUGCCAGCCCCACCCGAGCAUUUGCCCAGCAAUCAGUCAGAAAGCACCAGGGUGGAGAGCCUCUUAACCAACCCCCUGGGCAACCCUUUACCAAGCUUUUCAGGCACUGACACUACUUCCAACCCCCUGCUCCUCCCAGCUGUCUCUGGGGCCUCAGCAUUAAUGGCCUUGAAUCCCCAGCUGGUGGGAGGUGUCCUCAACUCUGCAUCGGGCAACACCGCAAAUCAUCCAGAGGUUUCCAUAGCCACCUCCUCCCAAGCAACCACUACCACAACCACUACAUCAUCAGCAGUGGCAGCACUGUCUGUCUCCACCCUGGGUGGUGGGACAGCAGUGGUGUCAAUGGCAGAAACAUUGCUGAACAUAUCUAAUAGUGCUGGGAAUCCAUCUGGUCCAGCUAAACUCAACAAUAACUCUGUGGUGCCACAGCUACUUAACCCUCUACUGGGGACAGGUCUGCUUGGUGACAUGUCAUCCUUAAACACUACUUUGAAUAACCAUCAGCUGAGUCAUCUCCAGUCUCUGUUAAACAACAAUCAGAUGUUUCCUUCAAGUCAGCAGCAGCAGCAGCAGCAGCACCUUCUCCAGGGGUACCAGAACAUGCAGGGCUUUCAAGGCCAGCCCCCAAUUCCUGGCCCAACCAAUAACCCAAACCCCAUGGCAUGUCUGUUCCAGAACUUCCAGGUGAGAAUGCAGGAAGAUGCUGCUGUCCUGAACAAAAGAAUGAUCACUCAGAUGGGAAUGGCACCAGUUCCUGAGAGCUCCAACGCAAUGCUUCCUCCUUUCCAAGAACCAUCUUGUGAUUUGCAGCCAAGGACUGAACCAUCCCUUGGACACCAGGCAAAGGAUAACCUCAACGUUGCUGCUCAGGGUGACACAUCAGUGGAUGCCAUCUACAAGGCAGUUGUAGAUGCUGCAAGCAAAGGGAUGCAAGUAGUCAUCACCACUGCUGUUAGCAGUACCACCCAGAUGAGUCCCAUCCCAGCUUUGAGUGCCAUGAGUGCCUUCACAGCCUCAAUUGGUGACCCAUUAAAUCUUUCUAGUGCUGUCAGUGCAGUAAUCCAUGGGAGAAACGUUGCUGUUUCUGAUCAUGAGGGUAGGGUGAGGAACAGCAGAGGAACACGAGUCCUGAAGAAUUCAGAGCACGGUAAAAACUCAAGUGAAGGGGAUGGGUAUGAAUAUUACAAACCCACGAGUUGUAACACACCCAAAAAACAGUGGGAAGGGGAGCAAAGCCCCGUCAGUGAGAUAAACAGGUGGAAAUGUGAGGAGUUUCUAGACCACUCUGCCCACAUCCAUAGUAGUCCUUGUCAUGAGAGGCCCAAUAACAUCUCCACACUGCCAUUACUGCAAGGAGAGCAGCAUCAGAUACUCUUAUCACAGCGAAACUGUCAAAGUGAUAAAAUGUUGGAGGAGAAUUUCAGGUAUAACAAUUACAAAAGAACUAUGAUGAGUUUUAAGGAAAGACUGGAGAACACUGUGGAACGAUGUGCACACUUAAAUGGCAACAGACCUCAGCAGAACAGAGGGUUUGGGGAGUUGCUGAACACUUCUAAACAAGACCUGAUUCUGGAAGAGCAAUCCCCAAGUUCCUCAAAUAGCUUGGAAAGUUCAUUAGUGAAAGACUAUAUCCAUUACAAUGGAGAUUUUAAUGCCAAAAGCAUUAAUGGGUGUGUGCCUAGCCCUUCAGAUGCUAAAAGCAUCAGUAGUGAAGAUGACCUAAGGAACCCAGACUCCCCUUCUUCCAAUGAGCUGAUCCAUUACAGGCCAAGGACGUUUAAUGUUGGCGACUUGGUCUGGGGCCAGAUCAAAGGUCUGACUUCAUGGCCUGGGAAACUGGUCAGAGAAGAAGAAGUUCACAAUUCAUGUCAACAAAACGCUGAGGAGGGGAAGGUGGAGCCAGAGAAGCUGAAGACACUAACAGAAGGUCUAGAAGCUUACAACCGAGCCAGAAAAAGGAACAGAAAAAGUGGAAAGCUAAAUAACCAUUUAGAAGCUGCUAUACACGAGGCCAUGAGUGAACUAGACAAAAUGUCUGGGAACGUCCACCAAAUCCCCCAGGGAGACAGACAAGUGAAGCCUCCAAAACCCAAGAGGAGGAAGAUCUCUAGAUAACAUUGAAUGUCUUUGUUACUGGUCCAGUACUUAUCAGAAUAAACGUGCACAUAAGUCUAGCUUGUAGGUAUUGAUAUAGACGUGGUUAUAUCAAUAUUUAUAUGAAGACAGAUAGAAACCAUCACAGGGUGCUACGUGGAUUAGUGGUACAAUAUUUUUGAUGAUUAGGAGGGAUAGGGGUUGCUGGAUAAGCCAAUCAGAAAUCUUGAGAGGUUGCAGUAACAAUGUCAGAUGAUUACUGAAAUUUUUUUUUUUUUUUCUAUAAUACUAAAAUUGUGAUUAUAAGAAAUAGUCCAAAUGUUUCUGAGAAAUUUUCAUUGUGUAUAUAGAUAAUACAGAAUUUCAUGGUGAUAUCUGAAAUGUAAAUAUUGUACAAUAUUGUCAUGUACAAGCGUACCUAAUGCACACUUUAUCUUUUAUUGUACAAAAAAUAGUGUACAAAAUUCUUUGGUUUCUAUUGAGUACACAUACAAGAGACUACCAGUGUAAAGUGAUAAAUAAAAAUACAGCCUAAAUGCUUUUA